CCACUGCCUUUGAAGUCCGCCGUUGUGUCUCUUGCGGGGUAACGCGCUUGCCAUCAUCCUCCUACCGCGCCGUCGGCCCUUCGGUGGUAGCACGAAAACGGCUAGCAGGCGUUCGCCAAGUCGUAUCUGGCUCUGAGUAACCCUCGAGUCUGACUGCGCGGUGUUAUCCAGCUGGGCUGCUCUUUUGUCCUUCGUGCUGGUACUUCGCAGGUUUUGCCGGGAUGUCACUCAAUACCGCGGACGAAGUUGAAUACGAAGCACUGCCCUCGAACGCGGGCCUGGGGGUGAAUAUGGCUGCGGGGGCUCUUGCUGGAAUCAGUGAACAUGCGGUGAUGUUUCCUGUAGAUAUGAUCAAAACACGAAUGCAAGUUUUCGCAACGUCACCAAGCGCCGUGUAUUCCGGCAUAGGGAACGCGUUUACGCGAAUAUCUUCUACGGAGGGGAUGCGGGCGAUGUGGCGGGGGGUGUCUUCAGUGAUUCUGGGCGCUGGACCCGCACAUGCAGUUCACUUUGGGACGUAUGAGGCAGUGAAGGAGUUGACAGGAGGGAAUCGAAUGGGGAACCAGUGGUUAUCUACAUCACUGGCCGGUGCGGCAGCAACAAUAGCGAGUGAUGCCCUCAUGAAUCCCUUUGAUGUGAUCAAGCAACGUAUGCAGGUGCACAAGUCAGAAUUCCGAUCCGUAUGGACUUGCGCAACUACAGUGUAUCGCAAUGAAGGCCUCAACGCGUUUUACGUUUCCUACCCCACAACACUCAUGAUGACCGUACCCUUCACGGCCGUUCAAUUCACCGUUUACGAGCAACUGAAAAAGCUGAUGAACCCCACGGGAGAGUAUUCACCAGUGACGCAUGUGAUUGCAGGAGGUCUGGCAGGAGGAGUUGCAGCUGGUGUGACCACACCGCUGGACGUUGCCAAAACACUCCUGCAGACGAAGGGAUCAUCGCAGGACCCGGAGAUCAGGCGGUGUAGAGGGAUUGCGGAUGCAUGCCGGAUUAUUCUGCGAAGAGAUGGGCUCAAGGGUUUCGCACGGGGCCUGUCGCCACGGGUGCUAACGUUUAUGCCAAGUAAUGCGUUAUGUUGGCUGUCAUACGAAUUCUUCAAGGCUCUCAUACGAGAAUAGCCGUUCGCGAUCCCAGCUUUCGUCGAUGGCUGCGUGAUCAUGUUAGUUGGCUGUUCUCUGGCGCAAGGACGCGUAGUCCAAUAUAAUAAUGGGUACAAUAAUGUAGAGUCAGCCGGGGUGGACCAUCCAAUGGACCUACUAUAGUCUGCCACCCCUCACCGAUCGCCUUGCCGAUAUUCUGGCUUACCCACUUGUAUUCACUUGCCUAUUUCCUAAUUCAUUGCAACUUCGCAGAAUGCAACUCCAUGCAAAUCGUUGCCCAUCC